AUGAACGAUACUUUUGAUGUGGAUUUUGCGCUUGCUACUCAUGCGGUUUCGGAUAUGUGUGUCGUAGGUCUUCCUUACAAAGUUAAGUAUGAGCAUGAUGAGCAUAUGCUCAACCUUUCUUAUGAGAAAAAUGCUACUGGUCCAUGGUGGUGUCAGAUAUGUGAGGAAACAACAUAUCCGAAGAAAUGUUACUAUGCAUGUAAUGAGUGUGGAGUCACAUUCCAUGCUGAAUGUCUACUAGGAGACGACAUAGACAAUAUAUGUUCUUACGAGACAAGUUUGAGAUCAUUCCUACCAACCGACUUAGCCGACCUAUCUGUCAUGGUUGUCAAAACAGCUGUUAAUACAAGAUUGAAUUAA